GCUCACCUAGAACAAGCCAAGUGUUGUACAAAUAUGCAAGCACAAACUUAACUGCAUUAAGCCAUUAGCAGAAGCUACCACCCACCCCUGUAUCCCCCAUCUCCAUUGUUAGAUCCUUGGGUAAAACUCUCGCCAUGUGCGGCGGGGCCAUUCUCAGUGAUCUCUACUCACCAGUGAGGUGGACGGUCACCGCCGGUGACCUAUGGGGAGAGAGUGGCAGCAGCAAGAAUGGGAAGAGCUGGAAAAGGAGGAGUUCUUGGAAGUUUGAUGAAGACGACGACGACUUUGAAGCUGAUUUUGAGGAUUUCGAGGAUUGCAGUAGCGAGGAGGAGGUAGAUUUUGGACAUGAGGAAAAAGAAUUCCAAAUGAACAGUUCGAAUUUUGUGGAAUUCAACGGCCAUUCUGCCAAAGUCGCCAGCAGGGAGCGAAAGACUCAGUACCGAGGGAUCCGGCGGCGCCCUUGGGGCAAAUGGGCAGCUGAAAUCAGAGACCCACAGAAGGGCGUCCGAGUUUGGCUUGGCACGUUCAGCACUGCCGAGGAAGCUGCAAGGGCAUAUGACGUGGAAGCCCUACGCAUACGUGGCAAGAAAGCCAAGGUGAAUUUCCCUAACACCAUCACAGCUGCUGGGAAACACCACCGGCGGCGUGUGGCACGACCGGCAAAGAGGAUUAUGUCACAAGAGAGCCUGAAGUCAAGCAACGCCUCUGGUCAGGUCGUCUCAGCAGGCAGCAGUACUGAUGGCACCGUUGUCAAGAUUGAGUUGUUAGAGCCACCAGCUUCUCCACUACCAGUGUCCAGCUCAUGGCUUGAUGCUUUUGAGCUGAACCAGCUUGGUGGAUUAAGGCACCUUGAAGCUGAUGGGAGAGAAACAACUGAAGAAACUGAUCAUGAAACGGGAGUGACAGCAGAUAUGGUUUUUGGCGAUGGCGAAGUGCGUCUUGCGGAUGAUUUUGCGUCUUACGAGCCUUACCCAAACUUUAUGCAGUUACCUUACCUUGAAGGUAGCUCGUAUGAAAACAUUGACGCUCUUUUCAACGGUAAAGCCGCUCAGGAUUGCGUGAACAUCGGAGGUCUCUGGAAUUUCGACGAUUUGCCAAUGGACCGUGGUGUUUACUGAAGCACAGCAGCCUGAAGAAAUCACUGAUUCAACUUUUACAUUGACACAGGGGGCGAGGGAAGAAGCAGGCUUUUAUUUCAGCGAUUUGCAGUGACAUAACUUCUAUUGACGUGUGGUGCUACUCCAAGAUGAUUCCUAGUUCUUUCCAGUUGGAAUACCCAAGCGUGAUGCAUGCUGAACUUGUGAGCCGAGGACUGUUUUUUCCCCUUAUUAUCGUGCUCUUUUCCCCCACAAUCAUUGUUCUAUCAUCACCGUUCAGGUGUAUGUGAUUACUGGAAAUCUUUUCUGUAUCAAGAGUUUGUGCUUAAGUUCAAAUUCAACUCAAUCUGUUCAGCUUG